CAGAGAAACCCCGUCUCGAAAAAUCAAAAAAGAAAAAUAAAUAAAUUAAAAUAAAAUUAGGGAAAGACAAGAAUAAGACCCCUUUAUCUGGGCACUCGACCUGCCUUCCCAAGUAGCAGGAGGAUUGUGUGUUUGAGGCCAGCCUAGGAAGAGCUUGUCUCCAAAAACACAAAGGCAAACAAAACAAAACAAAACACAUGGACUGGAGAGAUGCUCAGGGGUUAAGGGUACUGGCUACUCUCAGAGAGGACCAGGGUUCAGGUUGCAGUACCCACGUGGUAGCUCAAAGUCACCUGUAAUUCCAGUUCUGGGGAUCCCCACCCUGUCUUCUGGCCUCAGUGGGCAACAAACACUAAGAUGAUACAUAGACAUGCAAGCAGGUAAAAUUUAUAGCAGGCAGGCUAGGGAUAUGUCUCAGUGGGUAAGUGCUUGAACCUGUGGUUUCAAUACUCAGCUCCCCAUAAACAGGGCUUGGUGGGGCACACCAGUGAUCCCAGCACUCAGGAGGUGGAGGCAGAAGGAUCAGGAAUUGAAUGUCAUCCUUUGAUACCUAACAACCUACCUCCUAAUACUGUUGGUGCCGGCUUAGUAGAAGCUUCUGGAAGCUCUUCUUGGUUUCUGUUUCCCGUCUGAAAGGUCUCCAUGGACAGAGUCCCGCUUACUUCCUUUUCCUUCACUCUGGCCCCUGGAAAAGGCCCAGCUCCCUCUCUGACCUUCUUAAACUACCCGGAAGUUCAGUCCUCAAGUCUCUUCCUGAUGACUUGUGUGAGACCUUGAGUUACCCACAGGUCACGUGGAAGAUGGGUAAGGUGACCAGAGAAAUGGCUGCCUUUCCCUGGGGAUAUCACCUUUGUCUGAAAGUCUACAACCAGCCAGCCAGUGUCCCCAGAGCUUUGGAGGUGGAGAUUGUGCUGUCGAUACCUGAAUUGGGGCUGGCACUCUGAGGGCAGCUGUUCUCUGCACUUAGACCAGCUGUGGUUUUCUGUGACGGUCUCUGCCAACGGCAAGAAGCAGCUUCUUUGGAAAGAGCUCUCAUCCCCAUGGCCCCAGCCGGCCACUGAGCCCCACCAUGGGUGGCUUAUACUCAGAGUACCUCAAUUCUGAGAAGGUUGUGGAACACUACAAUUACACCAAAGAGACGCUGGACAUGCAGGAGACAUCCUCCCGCAAGGUGGCCUCGGCCUUCAUCAUCCUCCUGUGCUGUGCCAUCGUGGUGGAGAACCUUCUGGUCCUGAUUGCAGUGGCAAGGAACAGCAAGUUACACUCAGCAAUGUACCUGUUUCUUGGCAACCUGGCAGCCUCCGACCUGCUGGCAGGUGUGGCCUUCGUGGCCAACACCUUGCUCUCGGGUCCUGUCACUCUGUCACUGACUCCUUUGCAGUGGUUCGCCCGAGAGGGUUCAGCCUUCAUCACUCUCUCUGCCUCGGUCUUCAGCCUCCUGGCUAUUGCUAUCGAGAGACACGUGGCCAUCGCCAAGGUCAAGCUUUAUGGCAGUGACAAAAGCUGUCGAAUGUUGAUGCUCAUUGGAGCCUCUUGGCUGAUGUCACUGAUUCUGGGUGGCUUGCCCAUCCUGGGCUGGAAUUGUCUAGACCAUCUGGAGGACUGCUCCACUGUCCUGCCUCUCUAUGCCAAGCAGUAUGUGCUCUGUGUGGUCACCAUCUUUUCUGUCAUCUUAUUGGCUAUCGUGGCACUGUAUGUUCGAAUCUACUUUGUCGUCCGCUCCAGCCAUGCCGAUAUUGCUGGUCCCCAGACGCUGGCCCUGCUCAAGACGGUCACCAUCGUACUAGGUGUUUUCAUCAUCUGCUGGCUCCCAGCUUUUAGCAUCCUCCUCUUAGACUUCACCUGUCCCGUCCGGGCCUGCCCUGUCCUCUACAAAGCCCAUUACUUUUUUGCCUUUGCCACCCUCAACUCACUACUCAACCCUGUCAUCUAUACAUGGUGUAGCCGGGACCUUCGGAGGGAGGUGCUGAGGCCCCUGCAGUGCUGGCGGCGGGGGAAGGGGGUGACAGGUCGUCGAGGUGGGACCCCAGGCCACCGGCUCCUGCCCCUCCGCAGCUCCAGCUCACUGGAGAGGGGCUUGCAUAUGCCUACAUCACCCACGUUUCUGGAGGGCAACACGGUGGUCUGAAGGGAAGGGGUGAACUGACAGAUAUAACCAAGCUACAGAGAGCUCUGUGAGGAGAGACCAGGUGACCUCAUGUGUCCCUCAGCGCCACAGGCCUAGCGGAACUGACCACGGCUCACAGAUCAGGUGGCCAACGGAGGCGCUGACUAAACAGAUUGCAGCACCGUGACUGGGGACUGUUAAGGGUCUCGCGGGACAGCAGGCUGAAUUAGGGCUGGAGCAUUUGCAUUUGGUACAAAGGGUGUCAGCAUCCUGUCCUACCUUCCAGCUACCUGGCUCUCUUCCUGCCUCCUUCUUUUCAAAUAGGGCCUCUCCAUGUUACCCUGGUUGGCCUAGAACUUGCUAUGCAAUCCAGGCUGGCCUGGAACUCAGAGAGGUCACCCAUUUCUGCCUUCUGAGUGCUGGGAUUUUAAAGCCAUGUACCACCACACCCAGCUCCAGCCACCUUCCAUAGAUAACCUUAGGCCACUUCUUGUGGAAACACUGUCCCCAGGGGACCCAAGGCUUCCUCCCUGUCUAUCUGAGGUCUAAAUCCACAGCUUCCCCAAUUUCAUCAACUCAGUUGUCUCUUCCCUUUCCUUUCAUGUUCGGGGAAAGGAAACCACUGUGGUGGCCGGGGGGAGGAGCCUGGAAUCCCAGCCUCCAUCCUCAGACCUUCCUGGCUACUUGCUCUGUUGGAGUACACAGAGGGAUCUGAUCAGUUGAGGGCUGGGGAAAUCAAUGUGGGGCAGGAGGUUUUGGUCUUCAAGUGAGAAAACUCUAGGGGACGUAUUGGUCAUUCUUGGAACUCUUAUCCCCAAAUCUAGCCUUCCUCCCCACAAACUAUUCCCAUCUCCCCACUUUCUUCCUACCCCAUGUACCAGGUCCCUUAAGGCAGGGCAGCCUUGAACCAAUGUGGCCACUUGUAAAUUGUCUUUGUUAUUUUAAAAAUUGUGACAGGGUUUCAUAUAGCCCAGGCUGGCCUUCAAUUUGCUAUGUAGCCAAGGCUUUGGACUUCUGAUCCUCCUGCCUCUACUUCCUGAAUGCUGGAAUCACAGGGGUGCACCACCAACACCUGUCUUGCAAGUUAUCAUGAAUAACAUAGUUAACAGAGACUGUGUGUGAGGUGGCCAAGGACGUUCCCGAGUACUCAUAUGUAACCUUCCCUUGAAGGACUUUGCUAAAUCCUGUGGAGAAAUAGAAAGUCAUACGGUACAAACUGUAUUUAUAUAUGUCUGUGUGCCAGUGUGUGGGGUCUGUGACCUAUCCCAGUGUGGGUGCUGUCUGACAUCUCUUGUUCAUAUCCAAGUUGAAACUGUCGGAGAGAUAGGGGUGGGGGUGUCUGGCCAUGCACAGGCUCCUUGGGGAUUGCUGGUUCAUCUCUUCCACACAUAGAAAUCUCUGCCUCAAAGAAAUCUGUGAAAGAAAAGGCUGAGGAAGGGGAAAUUUGGGAUGCAAGGAGCCAGUUGGGAGUGUCUCCCCUCAUUUGGUUUCCCAAGUAUCCCCCUUGUGCUGGAGAUCUGGGCCAAUAAACAGUUCAAUUGCU